UUGUUGUAUACACAAACAAUCACGGAAAUAAAUACGAUAAUUUUUUAAAAACAUCUUUUAGUCUAAAGCUGACCUCCGUCUACAACUUCAGUAGUGGAUUGAAAAUUAUUGUUUAGAUGAAAUAAAUUAGGAAAACGAAAAUAUUAAAAAUUAUUUAAUUAAUUGUUUUAUUUCAAUUUAAAAUUAUGUUAUUUUAUUUGUUACUAAUAGUUUUACUAGCACUUUAUUGCUUUUACAAUUACAAUAUACGAUGGAAAUAUAUUGAUAAAAUACAAGGACCAACUGCAUUACCAAUAAUUGGAAACAUUCAUCAAAUAGGAUUUAAUCCCAUUGGUAAACAAUUUAAAGUAUUAUAUAAAUACCUAAAAUUCUUUAUGAAAUUAAGCAUUAAAUACAAGCAAGAGACAUUUCGUAUUUGGAUUGGAAGCAAACCUUUCAUAAUUGUAACAGACCCAAAAGACAUGGAAGUGAUACUUUCAAGUAAUACACUUUUUAAAAAAGCCACUAUGUACAGACUCCUAUUUCCAUGGCUAGGUGAUGGACUACUAACAAUUCACGGAGAUAAAUGGUUUAAGCAUCGUAAAAUGAUUACACCAUCAUUUCAUUUUGAUAUUUUAGUUGAUUUUCACGAUAUAAUGAAAGAAAAAUCAAAAAUAUUUGUUAAACAUUUAAAGUUAAAAGCAAACAAAAAGGAAAUUUUUGAUAUACAAGAAAAACUAGAGUAUAUUACAUUGGACAUUAUUUGUGAAACAGCAAUGGGACAACCAAUAAAUUCAAUAGAAAAUAAUAAAUUGGAAGUUGUAAGAGCUUUUCAAGAUUUACAUCAUAUUGUACAAAAUCCAAGGUUUGGUCUUUUUAUUUCAAAUCCAAUAUUAUUUCAGAUAUACAAAGAGUACGUAAUUCGAACAAAAGCAUUAAACAUAGUAAAAAAGUUUUCAAUGGAUGCAAGUAGAAGUUUAAUGAUUGAAAGAAGGCGUAAUCUAAUUAUUUGUAAAGAACGAAAUGAAAACUUUAAUUCCGAUAGCGAUAAAAACAAACGCGUAUUUUUAGACACCUUAUUAACAUCUACUAUUGAUGGAAAACCACUGACGAACCAAGAAAUAUAUGAUGAAGUUCAAACAUUUAUAUUUGAGGGACGUGAUACAAUUUCUUCUGGAAUUACAUUUGCAAUUUAUCUAUUGUCAAGGCAUCCAAAUAUUCAGGAAAAAGUCUAUCAGGAACAGAAACUGAUUUUUGGUGACGAUCUUAAAAACUGUAAUCCAUCCUAUCACAAUGUACAGAAUAUGAAAUAUUUAGAUAUGGUUAUCAAAGAAUGUCAAAGAUUAUAUCCUAGUGGACCACUCAUUGCGCGAGAAACAACAAAACUUACUGAUUUAAAUGGCAAAACAAUACCUAAAAAUACAACAUUGGCAUUAUUUAUUUUUGCAAUGGGAUAUAAUGAGAAAUAUUUUCCUGAUCCGUAUAAAUUUGAUCCAGAACGAUUUAGUAGUGACCGAGACAAAAUAAAUCCAUUUGAAUAUAUACCAUUUAGUGCUGGUCCAAGAAAUUGUAUUGGUCAAAAAUUUGCCAUGCUAGAAAUGAAAUCAAUUGUUUCAGAUAUUGUAAGAAACUUUAAAAUUCUUCCACCCAAUGAUGAAUGUUUAAAAAUCAAUGGAGACUAUGAAUAUUUGGGAAGAUUUGAAUACGAUCCAGUUUUAGCAUUGCUAUUGACUUUAAGAGCUGAACGUGGACUAAAGAUUAUAUUAGAAAAUCGCUGAAUGUGGUGAUUUUAUAAAUUAGCUAAGUCAAAGUAUUAUUAAUUUCUUUAAAUUGACUUUGAAU